AACGAUGGACAACAGGAAACCCCAGUAGCUUUCACAGCUCUGGCAUAUGCUAGUGAUGGUAUUGUAUAUGUUGGCUCAAAUGUGGGCAAAGUAACAGCCUGGGAUACUCACGAGAACUCUUGCUUCAUGCAGUGGAAUGCUGACAGUGGUGAAAUCACCAAACUGGUCUCACGUCACGGCCAGCUGAUGACAGCUGGAGUAAGCCAUCGACUAAAGCUGUGGGCAGUUAGUGGAGUUAACAGCCUCAAACUGACUGGUGGGGGUCUUAGUCACAGCGGAUCAGGGCUAGUCAUGGAAGAUGAAAUGGUCUUAGAUGGAGCAGUCACAUGUGCUGAAUUUGAUGAUACACUAGAUAUGGGUAUUGUUGGAACUGAUGCAGGAACUCUAUGGUACAUUAACUGGUCUGAGAGGACGUCUAUACGGCUAGUGUCUGGUCAUCAGAACAGGAUUAAUGGAGUUGCUUUUCUCCCAAACAACCUCAUGUUGACUGGGGGUGAUGAUGGCAGUGUCAGGGUGUGGUCACUAGGGACCAGGGAACAGGCAAUCCAGUUCCAGGUCAAAGACCAGGCCUGCACCUGCCUCACAGUGGGACUUGCUGAUCCAGUACAGACUAGUAAAGUGCCUUUGGUUGCUGGAGGUUAUAGUGAUGGUACAGUUCGAGUCUUUGAUGUCAGUAAAGUGGAGAUGCUGUUGAAGAUGCAUCCUCAUGCUGUUACUGUGACCACCAUUGCCUUCUCCGCAGAUGGUGUUAUGAUUAUGUCUGGUGGCAGUGACGGCCUGAUAGCAGUCAGCAGUCCCACCACAGGCAUGACUGUCAGAAUCAUCAGCGACCACAGGGGUGUGGCCAUUUCUAAUUUUGAUGUCACUUUGACAAGAGAUAUGGAUGUUGGUGUCAGUGCCCCCACACUCUGGCUUGCAAGUAGCAUAGAUCGACGGGUCAGCAUUUGGUCUGCUGAUUGGGCUAAAGAUUUUUGUGAGCUGGUUGAUUGGUUGACUUUUCCUGCACCUGCCGUCAUGCCAGAUGGGACAAAAAUUAUAAAAAAUGACUCUCUGCCCCCUACCUUGGCUAAGUUUUCCCCAGAUGAACCUGACAUAGUUGUUUACACUGGUUACGGAAUGGAAAAACUCAUACAGUUCUACAGUCUGAGGCAGAGAAAGGUUAUUAGAACCCUCAACCUCACUCACUGGGGUCUAUGCAUGGAUGUGUCUCCAGACUCUGCUUUGAUCGCUGUAGGAAUAUCAGAGCGUCUGCUCAAGCUGAUGGAUUAUCACGCAGGAACAUUCCAAGAUUUCGCCGGUCACAGUGAUGGAGUUUCCAUGGCCAGGUUUUCACCAGAUGGAUCCACACUAGUUUCUGUGUCCCACAGUGAGCUUUUCCUUUGGGGAGUCCUGCUUUGA